AUGUGGGAGGUGGGCCUCCUGAGAGUAAAUGGAACUGAUGGUCUAUCUGGGCCUAAAGGUGACAGGGGUGAGCCAGGCUCCCAGGGAGAGAGAGGGGAGGCAAGGGGGUGGGGGCCUCUGGAACCCCCAGGCUUGAGGGGCAUGCCUGGACCGAAUGGAGAGAAAGGACCCUGAGAGCGUGGAACAUAUAUGCUCUGGCUUCAGCGUGGGCCUCUUCCCCAGCAAGUCCCUUCCCCCUCCGGGCCUGCCUGUCAAGUUCAACAAGAUCCUCUACAAUGAGGAGGAACACUAGGACCCGAUGCUCACCAAGUUCACACGGAGGUCUACGUGAUUUCCUACCACAUCACCCUGUGCAACCGGCCCCUGCUCGCCACACUAGUGAUUAACGGUUUGAAGAAGCUGCAGACUCGUGACUCCCUGUAUGGCCAGGACAUCGACUAGGUGUCCAAUCUGUGCAGGGGACCAGGUGUGGCUGGAGAUGCUGAGGGACUGGAACAGAGUUUACUCCAGCAGCAAGGACUACAGCACCUUCAUCGGCUUCCUGCUCUAUGCCGACCCCAAGGCCUGA